AUGAAGGUUCCUGCUGCAUUCGCACUGGCACUACUUCCCGCCGCUUUUGCCAUCAUCAAUAACGAGCACCUAAAGACCGAAGUUACUACCCCAGCUGAAUGCGCACGCAAGACCGUUGCUGGUGACAAGAUCAAUGUGCACUACCGCGGCACUCUCGAAUCGGACGGUUCCGAGUUUGAUGCUUCUUACAAUCGUGGCCAGCCCUUGAGCUUCACGGUCGGCCAAGGACAAGUCAUCAAGGGCUGGGAUCAAGGACUCUUGGAUAUGUGCCCAGGGGAGAAAAGGAAGCUCACCAUUCAACCUGAUUGGGCCUAUGGCUCCCGUGGGGUUGGGCCCAUUCCUGCCAACAGCGUGCUGAUCUUCGAGACAGAGUUGAUCUCUAUUGAGGGCGUUGACAAGGAUGAGCUGUAA